AUGAAUUAUCACAACUAUCCGAUUCCCUUAACGUAUCCUCCUCCGCAUAUAUUACCCACUCGCUCAUCUCUCGACUCUCGCGUGGCCCCCUCUCCCGCCGUUGCUGUCGCUUCUGCUGCUCCUCUUCCUCAGCCACCCGGACUGUUGCCGCCAUCCUCCUCCUCGUAUCAUAUCUCCGGGCCGGUAUCUGCCUCAUCGCCACGAGCGUAUCACGAUCCGUUUCAGCGAAGUGAACCCGAAAUGCCUCAAUCAGCACCUUCCCAGGGAACCUAUCAUUAUCAAGCACUACAGAAUACCCCUGAUUCCACCCUGUACCCCGAUGGUAAUACGUAUGCGUCACUCCGGAGAGAAGACAACGGGUAUCACGUCUCACAAGCAAACCACGGUUCACGGAAACAAGCUCGUCAGAGUGGGGGAAGCCAGAAAGGAAAUCAUAAAGUGAAUCAUAAUCACUUCAACAAAGCUUUGUAUCCAGCUGUUUGGGCCGCCGAAUUACCCAGUACAACUGUUUCUGGUCCCGUGCUGCCACCUGAAUUUCGACGUACCCAAACUUUGGGCCCCGGCUCCUCCGGCCAAUCAGCGGCUGCUCCGUCUGACUCCUGA